UGUUCCUGCCCCGCCCCUCGCCCCCUCCCCCCGCGGAGGGUGACGGGCGCUUCCUCGCCCGGAGCCGCCGUCUUGCAGCCGUCGCCUGGCCGCGGGCCUGCUGCCGCCCACUCCGGUCUCGGGACCCGGGCCUCCCGCCGCCCCUCCGUCCUCCCGCCGCCUCGGCUCCUCGCUUCGACCUCCCCCUCCCGGGCCCGGCCAUGGCGGACUUCGACGAGAUCUACGAGGAGGAGGAGGAUGAGGAGCGGGCGCUGGAGGAGCAGCUCCUCAAGUAUUCUCCCGACCCGGUGGUGGUGCGCGGUUCCGGCCAUGUCACCGUGUUUGGACUAAGCAACAAAUUUGAAGCAGAAUUUCCUUCAUCUUUAACUGGAAAGGUUGCACCCGAAGAAUUUAAAGCCAGCAUCAGUAGAGUUAACAGUUGUCUUAAGAAGAACCUUCCAGUUAAUGUACGAUGGCUACUUUGUGGAUGCCUUUGCUGCUGCUGCACUUUAGGUUGUAGUAUGUGGCCAGUUAUCUGCCUCAGUAAAAGAACACGAAGAUCGAUUGAGAAGUUAUUAGAAUGGGAAAACAAUAGGUUAUACCACAAGCUGUGCUUGCAUUGGAGACUAAGCAAAAGGAAAUGUGAAACGAAUAACAUGAUGGAAUAUGUCAUCCUUAUAGAAUUUUUACCAAAGACACCGAUUUUUCGACCAGAUUAGCAUUUGAUUUGUUUCUAGAGACUUAUUCAAGUAUGUUGUCUUUCCAAUGGUGCCUUGCUUGGUGCUCUCCUGGUGGUGACAUAGCAUUGGUUCUACAGACUCUUGUGGUGUUUCCAUUCUUUUGUUGUUGUUUGUUCAUUUGUUUUAAUAAGAGCAUGUUCUAAGUGCAUUUGGUCAAAUUCUGCAAAGUCAUUUCAUGCAAAUGUUAACUACUACUUAAGUUAUUACUUUUACUACUUCUGUUUGUAAUGUAUCUUGAUUUUCAGAGUCUUUUAUGUGUGCGCGUGUGUGUACAUAUAUGUAUUACUAUAAAUACACAGCUGAAAAUGUUCUACAAGUGAGCAGGUAUUUUUUUUACCCCCAAAUGACAAAACUGAUUGAUUGUACAUUGUGUAAGUCCUUUUAAUUAUUAGUUCAUGUGCUGAAAUGCCAUCAAAGAUCUACCUAAACUUUUGUCAGUGACUAGUCAGUUGUAAAUAUUUUCAUUUCUUUUUGGAUAUUGGCUAGCUUCUUCCAACAAAAGAGGGAGAUAAAGUUCCUUUUGAAAUUGUGCUUUUUGGAACCCAUAUGCCAUUGCAUUAGUAGGAGUCUGUGCUUUUCAUGAAGAAGUCCUGUCAGCUGGUUCUGAAGAAGUUCUAAACUUAGAAGUAAAAGAAAAAGCAAAGUAGAAUUAUUUUACUCAGAUUAGAAAAUCACUGAGAGAAUUGCAUGCAUCUGAUUAGUAGAAUUCAAGAUUUCGACAAUAUAUUAGUAUAUAAACCAAUAUGUUAUAUUGGUUUAUAAUGUAGCAGUUUUAAUUCAGGCUAAUGCCAUGUAUCAUUUUAUUUAUGUUGUUUACCAAUACAGUAUGCAGGGGUGCAGAAGGAAUUGUUUUACUAAAAAUUUUUGUCCAAGCAGACCUUUCAGGGUUGUAUUUUUAUUUUUUUAAUUUCAAGCCACAUAAGCAGAAGAAAGUUAUUGGACAAAUCUUGAACAGUCCAAUUCUGGAUACAACUGCAGAUGCCAUGUAUCAGAAGUAAUGAAAGCAAGGUAUGCUGGUCAGCAGUGUAAAUUUGUGUUAUAUAAUGAUUUACUGCACCCUUGCUUCUGCUCGUUCUCUGCUUUUGGUUUACAAAGCUUACUUUCUGCACAGUAAAAAGUUUUUAAACUGGAUAUACGAUGUAUGCUUGGGUCAGGCCAGUUGUAUUUUAUUUCUUCUGCUUCUAUCUUAGUUGUACAUAUCUUCACACAUAGCUUUUCUAAAUUGCUACUCAGUCAUAUUUUAAAGUUUGCUUUAUGUAUCUAAAAUUACUGUACAUGAACAUUAAUGUAAGCUAUGAAUAUCUUCCUUGUACAGUUGUGGUAGCAAGCAAUAAUGUGAAUAUAUGAAAAACAGAUAUACUCUGCUUAAUAUUUGUAUGAAUGAGAAGUUGAUACCACUACAAGAGUAAUUUUCUCUUUUUAAUCUUUUAAAUACAAGUUUUAUUUCAAGGUAAUAUAUUACAGGUACCUUGAUGCUGUGAACUAUUUUUCUAUGUCUUCAAAAUAUUUAUUCUCUGUAUAAUAUUCUCUAGUGAGUAUUAUGUUCCUAAAUGUUUGAUAGUGGGAGUGGUCUAGAAAGUUUUGUUUUCUUAAAUUCAUACCCUCUGUAUCAGCUCCCCAAAACCAUCCAUUGCUCAGCUUUUCUGUGUGAAUUCCUGCUGUUUACUUUGAAAGUAGCUCAGCUAUGCUUUUCAUACAAGCCUACAAGUGUUUCUUUGAUUUGACUGAACGUGAUUUUUUUAAUUAACAAGUAUCACUUUUGUGCUGUCUCGAUCUUCUGGGGCCCACGAUGGUUUCUCUCCAAAGACACUAGUUACAAUGUUUAUGUCUAUUUUUAUUUUAAAUCAGUUACAGCCUCUUCUUUAAUACAAAUGUGGUCUGCAGCACUCCUUGCACCCAGAAGUAUUGUUGUAAUCUUGGACUAAUUUCAGCCUGUGAAGGAGGAUGGAAGCUUAAAGUUGAUGGCAGCUGAGGUUCUGGAGGUUGGGAGGUGCAGGGAUGAGGUUGGAAAUGAACUGAAAUAAUAACUAGUGUUAAAUAUUGGUGACCAGAAAUACGCAUUGAUUUCUUGAAGUCUCAGUUUUCAAUAAAAUGAAUAUUGACUAUGCCAUGCCUAGAUUUUAUUAUGAACAUUCUCAGUUGACAGUGCAGGCAGAUUUAUUGCGUGGAUGCAGAUUUUUACUGGUAGUUCUUCAGUUCAGAGGGAUAGAUUGGCAGUGGCUUGUAAUAUACUUAUAGCAGAACUGCUCUGGGUGCCAACUAAUGACCUUAGUUUACUCCCCAAGCUUCCCGUACUACGUUCUGUGACACCACGACUACCUUGCCAAACCUUCCGGUUUUUAAAGCUAAUUUGGGUGUGAUACUGUGCUGAAACAAGCACAGUGGAUGCAGUCUGACUUAAAGAUUUACAGAGAACAACUUGUUAGUAAAAAAAAAAAAAAAAAAAACCACAUAAGCAGUAGUGCUUUCUAAGAACGCAUCUAUUUCAGGUGCACCUGCUGUUAGGUAUUUCUGUAUUUUCCCUGUGACUUACUCUCUGAGAGUUCUAUUUAUAAAGGGUCCAAAGUAGGGCUUUGAGCAAGUAAAAGCCUAAAUUCCACAGUAAGGCCAGUAGACUAGUUGCCUUUUAAAACAUUUCUUAUCUUAUUAGUACCUCUGAGCAUACUACCCAGAAAACUUGAAAAAGUGCAUUUAUAUAUAGAUGAGUUUCUCUCAAAAGCAUUACUCCCUGUUGAGGUAGUACUCUUGUCUAGUAAGAAUGUUACCAAGCAUGUUAACAUGAUCCCUUUCAAUUCAAUAAUUACAGUAACAAAAAUUGAACUGAGGAAUAACUUCCAUCAAUCACCUGCUUAAAGCCUGCAGCAGUCAACAGGAUUUUUCUUUGAUGUGGUUUCUAAAAUAUUUAAAUGUUGUUAUUUUGUAUGCUGGUAAGAAUACAUAUAUUAACUUGUUUUUGUCCAAUUGACCAGGGAUGAAAUUGCAAUUGUUUGAGCAGGUCAGAAGCUAUAGUAGGACUUGUAAAACAUAGGCUGUUCUUUGCUAAAAUAAUUAUUACCUUAGACUAACCUAUUCAGCUUCUAGUAACUCAGCAAUUCCUACAAAUCUUAUCUAUUCCCAAUUUCCUUGAAUAGUGAAAUUUAGAUAGUUACUUUAUUAAUCAUUUAACAAAUGAUUGUUGCUAAUUACGUCUGUUUCACCUUUAGCCUGAAUAACUGCUGGUAGAGGCAUCAUUGACUCCCUGUGAAAGCUAAUUAUUGUUUGUAGGAAUAGAGGCCUUCAGCGAGUCAGUAAAGAGUUAUUCUGUAACAUAAUCAAAACAGAUUAUUUUUAUUCUUUUAGUGAUAGCUAGAAAUAAGUUUUGAGGCAGAAGAGCUUUCUUUCUGACCCUCUGUAAGAAUUCUGUAGAGUUUCUCUUGUUAAAUAAUUAAUUAUAACGUGAGGUUUAAACUGGGAUUAGCAAAUGUCACCAGAAAUUAAAAUGUUUGGAAAUAAGUUAUGUUGUGUAGUAGUUUUAAUACACUGUGUAUGCAAAUCCAAGAACAUCCAUAGCAAAUCUAAAAUCUCCUAUGAUGUACAAAACCAGGUAAAGUAUAUUAUAAGAACUUAGUUACAGUACUUAGACAUAAGCUAAAAUCAGGAAAUUCAUUUGUUAAAUGAUACUUCUUUGUAACUCUUAAGACCAUGUGCUGAAAAAAUACAUAUUCUUUCUGAGUUACAUGCUUACUUAAGUCAGUUUUCAUUUUUCUAAAAGUCAUUAUCUAGCCCUGAAGGUUGUAGGGGAGAGCUUUAAAAUGCAGUCUGUAACUGCUCAGAAGGCAGAAGCCAAAGGGAAAGAGCUUGCCUUCAUUCCCUCCUCCCAGCCCCCAUCCCAGAGUCUUAAUUUUAAAUCAGUCCCCUUGUUUUGGAGCCCUAGCUUAUGGUUUUUGAGCAGCUGGCAAUAAUGCAAAUUGUCCACCAAAAAAAAACACCCACCAUUUGAAUUCUGAAUAAUUUAGAGAUCACUUUAAUUGAAGAGGCAAAGGACUUGUUAAGCAAAGAAAAUCCCUGGUUCUUUUAAGUUCUUUAAGCGCUGCUGUUGGGUAAUUCAAAGAAGGAUGAUGAUGACCCUACAUUAGGUCAAAAUCUUGAUGGUUUUAUGUAAAGGAAAUGCUCAAUUAGAGAGGUCUCAGAGCCCCACGUGUCUGGAUUCACAGUAGUGACUUAUUAACGAAGGGUAGGAGUAGCUGGCUAGUUUUGUAUCCAUGACUAAAGUCAUUUAUGUCGCUCUUCAGCUACCUUGCUUGCAAAAAUAAAGCAUUUUAGAAAUACAGUCUGUAUUUGUCACCACUAAUUUGCUGUAAUUUCUGUGCUGCUUCUUCCUAAAGCCACACUGCAUUUCCGUUACAAACAACUGAGUGUAAUGGUGGUUAUAAUGCCUUUAAUAGCCAUAUUGUGGGUAGAAACAUUAACUACUCAGGGACUAAUAGGGAAUAUGAAAAUGGAGUUUAUGAGCUGAAUGCCUAUCUGCAUGAAGGCUUACUUGCAAACGGCACCCUGGAAAACUUCUGAUUGUAUUAUGCAUGACCAUUGUGAAUGUUACCAAUAUGCGGCAAUGAGAGCUCUAUUUACCCUGUAUUGUUAGGCUGCUGAAUGUCAAAGUAUGUUGAAUAAGGAUAAAUGAAUUUUUUGUUUUGCUGAUCUGGACAGAGUGAUUCUUUCUAAUGGUGCUACCUUCUUCGUUCUUGUGUUUGUUCUUUGUAUGAAGUUCUCUCUUCAGGCUGGAUGAAUCAGGAGGUGCUGGUAAAGAGAGAACUGUAUAACUCCUAGGGAAGUAGAAACAUUUCAAGGGGAGAAAUACCCUAAAACAGAUGCUUUCAUUGCAACAACAACAGCAACAACAAGUCCUGUAUUUGUUCUUCAUUAGUUACAGCUAUCCAGGUUGUUUUGCUGGUAACAGUACUUUUAGUUCAUUAAUUUUUUAAACUUAUUUCACAAUGGUGUUUCAGUCAGCGUGGGCUGAAUUAGAAAUUAUUUUUGCAAAUUUUUAAGAAGGAGUCCUUGUAUGAAACUUUGUUUCUUGACGCUUGUUCUGAUGUGUGCAUCUCCACCGCAUAACACUUGGAUAAUACAUCUUUUAUUAACUAAAUGUUAUUGCAUUUAUUUAAAAUCAUUCUGCUUCAAUUAGCUCAUUAAUAUUUCAUUAAGAUUUAUUAUCUUGAAAGAGAUUCAUAAAUGCUUGACUCUCAAAAAUACAACAGAUUGUUAGGAGAAAUUUAAUGAGAGGAAACAAAUUAGGAGAAGAAACACACACAAGAGAUUGAACUCGAGGUUUAGGUUUGAGAUUCUUUGUGUGUACUGGAAAACAGUUUUUAACCAUAUGAAAUGGUAUUACUUAACGAAAGUUAAGUAAAGGCAAGCAGUCCAUUUCGAUAAUUACAUGGAGUGUUUUCAUUUCUAUUGUAGUUUUAACAAGUGUGCUAUUAUGCAGAUAGAGAGAUAAGCAUACUUCAUAACUCAGCAUCUUUUAGUUUAAAAUAACCAGACCAAAAAGGAAUCACUGAUGAGAGCUGCACAGUGAGUACAGACCAGUCUUUUCCUAGACUGGGGACUGUAAUGCAUGGCUAAUUGUUUCCAAAGAAAAUUCUUGACUUGCCCAGACAGCUCCUGUCAUGUGACAGUAUCUCUGAGGGCCAGAAGUGGCAUCCAGUUAGGAUAGCUUAAGUUCAGGUAAGUGAAAGAGACCUUUGUUGUUAGUUUUUAGUUUUAUGGAGAAGGGAACCAUUAACAAAUGCUCGUUUUUGGAGGGCAGAUCUCACAAGCUUUGUUGAAACGUGCUUUUUUUCCUCAUUUACAUCAUUGAUAGUUACUUUGCCUCAUGGUGAAAACUAGACUUAGUAAUUAGCUGAAGACUUUUUUCUGUUGCAGUGCUUUAGGUUUCUGAAUCCAUUUUUUAAGAUCACGCUUAGAAAUUAAACAAAACAAAGGUCAGGUAUCCAGAUGCAAUAUAACUGGUAUUUUUAGUGGCUCUGUUUAAGCUGAUUUAAUUGUACCAAUGCACACGUCUCACUCAUCAACUGUAAAUAUCUCUCUCUGCUCCUCUGUGCUUGCAACAGGCUUUCUAACUUGUUAGGAAAUUCAGUGUAUUAAUUAUUUUCCCAAUGAGUGGUUUGGUUCGGUGAGGUAGCGAGGAAUGCAGAGCAGUUAGAGAUAUUGAAAGUGUAACUUGAUUCUUGUUUCUGUAGGAGACUGAAUAUGGCAGAGAGAUUAUGAAACUAAUUCCAAACAUAAAAAGAACAACAAGCUAGAAAAUGGUGCCUAAAUGUUGUGUGCUAAAUUAGCCCAAUGUAAUUCAUUUUGCUUGAAAAGUUUGCGGACUGUCUAUGCUUAGGAAGAACUUCUUAAAAGCAAAAAGCAGUAACAGAAAGCAAGUCGCUUAAAUGUUAGCUUUCGAGAUGGCAAACGUUAAAAACAAGUAUUUUUCAUCUAUGCUAAAAAUCUGUUUGAAGCAGAAAAUGCAUAAGCAAUAAUUUAACAUGGAACUGGAUAUUUAAAAGCUGCUAUUUAUAUGCACUUGAUGAUUAUGCCUGCAGAGGGUUCCCUCUAAUGAAGAGUUUAGGAAGAUAGGGUUGCUGUGAUUUUUUGCUAUUGUAACAUUCCUCUUCAAAUACUUUAAGUCUGGAUGAGAGUCUGGAAGUUCAGAGGCCAGCACUGUGUUCACAGGGCGUGGGGCUUUGGAGAGAGAAGAUAGGAAGAAAGGGACUUCUUUUUAAGGCUGCACAAUUGUAAAUACACAUAUUUAAGAAUAUUUAACCACGACUGCUAAAUUACUGAAGUUAAUCUAUUGUUGAAUUAUAGAAUAUUAUUUAAUACAUCAGCGUUGUUUUUCCUGACCUGACCCAGAAUUGGAAUGGACUCCGAUAUGAUUUUUUUAAAAGCAUUUCUUAAGUUGUAUGUAUUACAGACUAAUAAAAUGUUUGUUAACCUGUCUA